AUGUGUUAGCGAAGCUGCUGAGAAAGCGGUGGCCGGCCGAGGGCAGGGGCGGACGCGCUGCCGCGUUUUUCGGAUCCCGUUUUCGGAUCGUUUCGGAGAGAAGCCCAAACCGCUCGGGGAACAGUGCUACAGGGAGGCCAUGGAGCAGUGCCACAACUACAACGCCCGGCUCUGCGCCGAGAGGAGCGUUCGCCUCCCUUUCCUUGAUUCCCAAACCGGGGUGGCCCAAAGCAACUGCUACAUCUGGAUGGAGAAACGUCACCGAGGGCCGGGUUUAGCCGCUGGGCAGCUUUACUCCUACCCCGCGCGGCGCUGGCGGAAGAAACGUCGUGCGCAUCCGCCGGAGGACCCGAGGCUUUCCUUCCCUUCUAUCAAACCCGACACCGACCAGACCCUGAAGAAGGAAGGGCUGAUCUCUCAGGACGGCAGCAGCCUGGAAGCUCUGUUAAGGACCGAUCCCUUGGAGAAACGUUCCCUCCCGGAUCCCCGCAUCGACGACGACAGCCUGGGCGAGUUCCCUGUCACCAACAGCCGCGCGCGGAAGCGGAUUCUCGAGCCGGAUGACUUCCUGGAUGAUUUGGAUGAUGAAGACUACGAGGAAGAUACGCCGAAGCGGAGAGGGAAGGGGAAAGCCAAGGGCAAAGGUGUCGGAGGGGCUCGUAAGAAACUGGACGCGGCUAUUUUAGAAGACCGGGAUAAACCCUACGCUUGCGACA